AUGGCAGACGCUGCACCCGGCACACGCAGUCGUCGACGCCGCACUUCCUCGUCCGACGACACUGACGUCCAAGUCAUCAUUCCCGUCUCGCCUUCCGCUCCCGCUGCUGGCCACAGGGCAGCAGCCAGGGGCAAGAGGGAUCGCAAAGCGAGCGCAAGCCGAGAUACCACAACACCACCGCCUCACGAAGACGAGCCCUCCCGAAAGGUUCGAUUUCGUCGAAGCCCCGGCAAAGAAUCGAACGCCGCUUCUAAAGACGACGGUAACAAGAGCCAUGAAGCAAUAGCAAAGACCGUAGCAGAUGGUGAUAAGACUCUCGGAGCAGCAGCAGCAUCCUCCUCCUCCUCUUCGGGCGCCGAUGCGCAAGGAGAAGAAGGCUCAAAUUCGCUCGUCGAUGGCGGCACGGCGCCUACGGCUGGCAGCUCCACGCAUAGCUCGUCUUCGACACGGAAAGCAUCACCAGCCUCUGCAAAGAGGACGACGAGGGAUCUAGCAAGCGAGCUUUUUGACGACGAUGACGACGGCGACGAUGCAGGAAAGCCAGAGCAAAAGGGGAUCAGAGAAGCUGCGACGAGCGACGCGGACGAUGCAGCAGCCAACGGAAAGAGAGCGAGCACCGAUCCGCAGGAAUGCCUUCUGGAGGUGGUCAUUCCUCGUCGCAAGCGUCGACGCGCUAGCUCAGAUUCAUCCCAAGCGGAAUCGCAACCGAGCUCGUCGUCCUUCACAACCGCCGUCGAAGUCGAGCCGGCCCGCAACAAUGCCACCGACACCGCUUCGCUCCAGCUUCGUAUCCGGCAACUGGAGAUGCAGCUGGCCGAAUCCAAGAGACAUGCGGAGCAGAGCGCCACCGUCGUUUCUGCGCAGAACACCAUCUUCCAGGAGAUUCAUGGACUGUGCGUCUGUCAUAUCUGCCUCGAGCCUUCCUUCCGCCCUUGCGUCCUGGCACCCUGUGGUCACGUCUUUUGCAUCCAUUGUCUACGAUCGUGGUUCACCAGACGCGCCGACGGCGAGGCCACGCCUCCCGAGAGCUGGUCGCGCGAGGAGGCGGAGCGAUACGAACGCUCGCGCACGCUCAAGCGCAAAAAGCUUUGCCCUUCCUGCCGCACCGAGCUUGCCUGUCCACCAGUCGAGGUCUACCUGAUCAAGGACAUGUUAGAGAAGGUGGACCAUGGACUUGAGCUCAGCAAAGACGCCAACGUUGACGAGCAAGUCGCAGAGUCGAGCACCGCCAUCCUUUCGGUGGACGACAAGGCGCGGCUCAAGGGCGAAGACCUGCCCAAGGGUGCCAAGCUGUGGGAAGGCAUCUUUGACCAGGAUGGACCGCGUCGUAUCAUCUUUGACGAGGUGGAUGGUGUCCCUCGCUGCGGUAGCUGUGCAUCCGAGAUAUUCGACGGCGCCUGCAGCAACCCGUCGUGUGGGAUCGAGUACGACUCUCAUUCGGACUACGAGGGCUUGCAUCGAGCUGGCUGGGAUCAAAUGGACGGAUUCGAUUCAGAUCAGGAUAGCGAUGAAGAGGACCGACCGCGACCACGACGCAAUGGCGUGCUUGCCGAGCGACUGGCCGAAUUCGAAGCACGUCACGGUCGAUCGGAGGGACUGCAUCAUCGCGGAGGAAAUCGACUCGAGCUGCCGGACGAUUUCACGGGCAUCACGUACAUUGAUUCGUCGGACAACGAGCACUUGGUGGACGAGAGGACAGGUAGGAUAUUGCGACCCAACGGUCUGCGAACGGGUCCACGUGGGCGCGGCUCGGACGAUGAUGAAGACGACGAGGAGAUGGACGACUUUAUCGUUGGCGACGACGAGGACCUUGAUGGCUUUGCUGACUCGGCGUCGCCGCACAUUGCGCCUUGGCACCGCUACGACGGCCAUGACUUCGAUAUGAAUAGCGACUCGGAGGAGGAGGAUGAGGAAGGGGAGGAGGAUGACUUCUUGCCUGGUCCGAGGCGGUACAGGGGUGGAUCGGCCAUCGAAAUUUCAGACGAGGAAGGGAGCGAGGGGGGACGCGAAUCGAGUGUCGAGUAUAGGGGCAGGCGAGGUGGUAGAAGAGUGACGGAUGACGACAGUGUGGAGGAAGAGGAGGAGGAGGACGACUUGAACAGCGAUAGCGAGGGGUCGGAUGUGCCGAGCGUACAGAGCGUAAGUGACGGGGAGGAGGAAAGCCGGCACGCAGGGAUGGGCAGCAGCACUGACAGCAGCGUGAGGCGUCGACGGGCUCGGAUUGUGGACGACGAGGAUGAGGACGAGGAUGAGUAG